UGUAUCCACUAUAUUUUCGUUUCUUCAAGUCUUUCUCUAUUUCUUCAUUCUUCUUUGCUAUCCUCUCUCCCUCCUGUGUUAUAUUUGGACCUGUUAUAGUUCUCAUCGGUUCUUUCAAGUUCUUUCUCUUUCCUUUUGUUGAUUUUUAUUAUUUAUUAUUUUUUAUUUACGCAGCAGUGUAGAAACUGGUUUCGAUUUCCAGACCUGUAUGCAAACCGUUGGUCCAAAUAGAAGAGAUAUUCGAUAAGACAAAAAACUAUCACGAACAAACCAUGUUCGAGAUCAUCCAAAACGAACGUAGCUCUGACGUGUCAAAUGAUUAGCAACAGCAGCGAAAAAAAAACUAUCAAGACAUCUAACUUCUACAUGACACUCCUGAAAUUAUUUAUAGGUUAUUUACAUUUUAUGAUACGCGCUUUUUUUUCAUUUAAAAACCCAUCGGAUAUAAUAUUUUUAAAUAUCGGAAAAUUCCUUUCGGUUUGUUGAGAAUGUCCGAACAAAGAAAAAUCCCGAAUUUUUUGAAAUUCUUAUUCGGCGCUGCUGCUGGUAUGGCGGGCACGUGCAUCGUACACCCUUUGGAUCUGAUCAAAAAUCGCAUGCAGUUGAGCGGUAUGGGCGGUGCGCAAAAAGAAUACAGAAAUAUGUUUCACGCGAUGCAAAUAGUCGGACAACGCGAAGGACUUCCCGGUUUUUAUAGAGGAUUAUCCGCCGGAUUACUUAGACAAGUCACGUAUACAGGUACGAGACUGGGUGUUUACACCUACCUUUUCGAAAGAUUCAAAUCGUAUGAUGGUAAACCACCGGGCUUCCUUACCAAAGUGGCUAUUGGUAUGUUCGCCGGGCUUUCUGGCGCUUUUGUCGGUACCCCCGCCGAGGUAUCUUUGAUCCGUAUGACCGCGGAUGGUCGUCUUCCGAUAGAAGAAAGAAGAAAUUACGCUGGAGUGAGCAACGCUUUGAUUAGGAUAUAUAGAGAAGAAGGUCUUUUUACUCUAUGGAAGGGAGCUACUCCGACGAUGGGUCGAGCUAUAGCCGUUAACGCCGCUCAACUAGGAACUUAUUCUCAAGCUAAGGAAAUGGUUGCUUCGCAUAUGGCUUUGAAAGAAGGAAUCGGAUUACAUUUCUUAGCCGCGAUGAUUUCGGGAUUUAUCACAUCGAUUGUUUCGAUGCCGUUGGAUAUAGCGAAAACGAGAUUACAAAAUAUGAAAACAGUUGGGGGCAAAGCGGAAUUUAAAGGUCCCGUAGACGUUUUGAUCCAAUUGAAAAAGAAAGAAGGUUUUUUCGCUUUAUGGAAAGGUUUUCUACCUUAUUAUUUACGAAUCGGUCCGCAUACGGUUUUCGUAUUCAUAUUUUUGGAGCAGUUCAACAGAGCUUACUUCAAAUUUAAAUAUGGAGAUAGCGGAACCGGAAGUGGAAGUCUUUGAUCGCGUUCACAUAAUAAAUAGAUCUAUAGGUAAUUGGAGUAUCAUAUUUUGUUAUAUUUUCAAGUAAUAUAAAUACGUAUACACGUGAAAAACUACGAGGGAGGUUCGAAUUUGAUCGAAGCGAACGCCGUAGAUGUUUUGAAGUGAAAUCAACCGAACAUCACACCAGAAAACUCAUUCUGGAGGAUCGUAGGAUGACGAGCUCAAAUCUUCCAGCGAAGGCAAUCAGGUGGUGCUAGACGUUAAUGUUCGUAGAACACAUGUUUGGACCACUGAAAGCAGCCUUUGGAGGUGGCGAAAAUGUUUUGUUUCAAUAUUAAAUAAAUGUUGUUUCGUUCAUAUUCGAACGGCCCUCGUAAUACAAUUGAUUCGUAUGAUUUUAUAAUCAAUUUAAAUAUCUUGAAUGGUAAUAAAUCGCUGGAGUAUU